AUGGGUAUGGAAUUUUCAUCACAGGCUGAAGAUGGGAAAAAUGGCAAAGUGGAGAGCGCUAUAGAAAUAGGAUAUAGAACUGCAGUGCCUAUAUACAACUGCAACGGCAAAGGAACCGAAGCUGCCGAAACGCGGCGGCGCGGCAGCGGCGGGAGGCCUCGGAAACGCGGAGGAAUACACGAGGUCACUUUCCCGGCGAAUGCGUUAGGAGACGAGGCGCGGCGGAGAUGGGGAAGUACACGCGGGGUGCUGCGGCUGGCUCAUCGUGGCGCUGAUUGUGGCGCUGGUAGCCACGGCGGCGAUGUUCGCCAUCAUGAAGCGCAAGCCCGGGGGACGCCACAUCAAGCCGCUCCCGGUGCCGGGCCCGCCGGGGGCCAUCGACUCAAGUACGGCGACGCGCUCGGGGGUCGCGCCCAGUUCUUCCAGGUCCAGAAGGCGGGGAAGCUGGAGAACAACCAGAUCCCGUGGCGUGGGGACUCGGCGCUGACCGAUGGGAAGGAAGCGGGACUGGAUCUUUCCAAGGGAAUGUAUGAUGCUGGGGAUCAUAUGAAGUUCACCUUCCCGAUGGCAUUCACGGCGACGAUGAGCGCUGCAAAGCAACUGGACCCUGCCCUCGAUGCACUGAAGUGGAUUACAGAUUUCCUUAUCGCUGCACAUCCUUCUGACAAUGUGUUGUAUAUUCAGGUUGGUGAUCCUGAUCUGGACCACAAUUGCUGGGAAAGGCCGGAAACAAUGACUGAGAAAAGACCUCUCACACAGAUUAACAAAAAGUCUCCCGGAUCAGAUGUUGCUGCUGAGGCAGCAGCAGCUAUGGCAGCUGCUUCAAUGGUCUUCAAAUCCAGAGAUACUACAUAUUCUGAUGUGCUUCUUCAACAUGCUCAGAAGCUAUUUACUUUUGCUGAUACUUAUAGAGGCCUCUCAAGUGAGAGCUAUCCCAAGCUCCAAGAUUUCUAUAACUCCACCAGUUAUGUUGAUGAGCUUCUAUGGGCAGCAAGUUGGCUUUAUCAUGCCACAGGCGACCAGACAUAUCUCAGUUAUGUAACUGUACAGAAUGGGAAAGCUUAUGCUGAUUGGGGAAGGCCAACAUGGUUCAGUUGGGAUGACAAAAAUCCAGGCACACAGGUCCUUUUGUCCAGACUAAAUUUCUUUGGCUCCAAACAGAUAUCUAAUGCUGAAAAUGAGGGGUUAAAAAGUUAUAGAGAUACUGCAGAAGCUGUCAUUUGUGGUCUGAUUCCAGAUUCCCCUCAAGCCACUGCUAGCAGAACUGGAGGAGGGUUGGUGUGGAUCAGUGGGUGGAAUUCUCUCCAGCAUGCCACCAAUGCUGCAUUCCUAGCUGUUGUGUACAGUGACUACAUGCUCUCCACACGGACAGCGGCAGUGCAGUGCAGUGGAAAGUACUACAGCCCUACCGAUAUACGCAAUUUUGCUGCAUCACAGGCUAAUUAUAUCUUGGGAGACAACCCAAUGAAGCUUAGCUAUCUUGUUGGAUAUGGGAGCAGCUAUCCACAGCAAGUACAUCACAGAGGAGCGUCGAUCCCCUCAGAUGCGAAAACAGGCUGCAAAGGAUUCCAGUAUCUCCAUUCACCCGAUCCAAACCCAAAUGUUGCAAUGGGUGCCCUGGUGGGUGGGCCAUUCCAGAAUGACACUUUCGUCGAUUCUCGUGACAAUGCUGUACAGACGGAGUCCAGCACCUACAACAGUGGCACCCUAGUCGGUAGCACUAUUUGUUCAGAAGAUGCAAUGAAAUUCCUGAAUUUGAAAAGGAUCUUGGGCUUCCAAUUACUGAAGAUGGCCGUAUCAUUCGUCACUAGACUUCUAACAUUGGCAUUAGGAUACGCCUAUCCGGCGUACGACUGCCACAAGACUCUGGAACUGAACGCGCACGCGCCGCAGAUGGAACGGCUGCGGUUCUGGUGCCAGUACUGGAUUCUGCUCGCGGUCCUGACUGCUUUCCAGAGCUUCGCCGACUGCGCGCUCUCGUGGCUGCCGAUGUACGGCGAGGCGAAGCUCGCGCUCGUCGUCUACCUCUGGCACCCAAAGACAAUGGCAAGCCACCAUCCGAGACCACACCCUGCUGAACAAGACGGCGCGAGUCACGUCUACGACGACUACCUCCGUCCGUUCCUGGCGGCGCACGAGGCGGACAUCGACCGCGGCCUCGUGGAGCUGAGGGCCAGGGCCGCGGACGCGACGGCGUCGCACCUCCAGGCAGCCGUGGCCCUCGGGCGGGCGUGUCUCUCCGAGGUCGCCCGCCGCGUUUCGUCGCAGCUGCAGGCGACCAGAAGUCAUCCGGCCGGGGCCGGGCAGGCACAGUGA